AUGGCACUAGCCCGGCUCACCGGUCGUUUCGGCGGCCCACGGGGCAGAGCGAGCCGCCGUCGCCAGGCCCGGGCCGGCAGCGGAGGCGAACCGGACGUAGAAGCUCGGAGCCCGGCGGAGAGACGGGAACGCCGGCGUCGCUACUUCUCGGCGGGCAUCGGAGCUUUCCUGUUGCUGGUAGUAGUCGGGGUAGUGGUCUAUGGGUACUUCUGGGAGUUCUACCGGCCCCCCCGGGUAUGGGCUGGCAGCGUCAACAGCGUCGAAUUCACCAUGGGCGAUCUUGUCCAGCGGAUUCGUGUGCUGCAGGGAGUCAACCGUUACCAAGGCGGGCGAGUGGAUCUCAGCAGAGUGCCUUUCGAGUAUUUGCAGGAACUGGUGAACGUGGAAAUUCUACGCCAACAGGCGACCUCUCUGGGUGUCAAACCCAGUGAAGAGGGCAUUGAGGGGGCAUUGCGCCGCCAGUUUGAGCCCACCGCACCGGAGGGCCAAGAAGUUGAUCCAGGUCAAUUGGACCGCGAGUUCCGCAACAAUUACCAGACCUUUCUCACCGCCACGGGCCUUACCGAUUCUGAAUACAGGGUGAUCGUGGAAGAAGACCUCACCGAGUUCGGCCUCUUCCUGAAGCUGGGAGAUGAGAUCGAAAAUUCACAGGAGCACGUCGAGGUACGCUGGAUACGGCUUCCCGUUGACCCCUCCGAAGCGGGAGCGAGCGACCUGCAACCGGACCAGGUUGUGCAGAGGCUGGAAGUAGAACCAUUUGAGGUGGUGGCCCGGGAAGUUUCCCGGCCUGCUGGUUAUUCCGAUGCUUCAGGCAAUGUCGGAUGGGUGCCCAGGGGCGCCUUCCCCAACUUGGACCGAUUGCUCUUUGGAGACGAAGAACGGGGGACCGUCGCUUUGAAUCCUGGUGAGACCAGCAGUCCCCUCUAUGCCAGGGACGGUAUCUUUAUAAUACAGAUGCUGUCCGGCCCGGGAGAGAGGGAUAUUGAGGAACAUAUGCGAUUCAAGCUGGCUCAGGAGUUGACGCAGGCCUGGAAGGACGAAGCCCUCCGGGAAGGUGCCGACAACGGAACGGUACAGAUGCAUCUCAACAGCAAGCUGUAUGACUGGGUAGCGGACCAGGUGGCUGUCACUGCGCCUCGGGUCCAGGCCCCCGGCCAGCCGGCACGGUAG